GGACCCCGCGCCCCCGAGCGCGCGCGGGUGACUGCAAGGCGAGGGCCGGGGCGGGGCAGCGGGCCUGUGGCUCGCCCGGCCGGUGCUCUGCCCGCACCUUGACACCUGCGUCCCGGGCCGGGCUGCGCAGCGGACCUCAGGCGGUGGAGCUCUCGGCUAGUGCCACAGCUCUCCUCCGGCGUGCAGCGGCACUGUCACACCCCAGAGGCCUGGGCCUGAGGCUCCCGGGACACGCCGCUGUCUCCUCUCCAUCUACCCUGCGGGUGAGGUCUGCGCUCUCUUCACCUGUCGGCCUUGUGUCCGGCGUUGUGACGAGAGCUCCCGAGACCGUUGUACUCUUUGCUUGGAGCUGUUAAUUUUGCCGUUGCACAAGCCUGGUCUUUCUCCCCUGGGUUGUGUAGCCUGACCCUGAAGAAGCUGGCAGUGCUCCGGGAACUGGAAAAAGAACUCCUGUCCGUGGUGAUUGCCGUCAAGAUGCAGGGUUCCAAGCGUGUCUUGAGAUCACAUGAGAUUGUGUUGCCUCCUAGUGGACAAGUGGAAACUGACCUGGCUCUGACCUUCUCUCUCCAGUACCCCCACUUCCUGAAGCGGGAAGGCAACAAGCUGCAGAUCAUGCUACAGCGCAGGAAGCGGUACAAGAACAGGACGAUCCUGGGCUACAAAACGCUGGCCGCGGGCUCCAUCAACAUGGCUGAGGUGAUGCAGCACCCCUCUGAGGGCGGCCAAGUUCUGAGCCUCUGCAGCAGCAUCAAAGAGGCCUCUGUCAAGGUGGCCGAGAUCUGGAUCGUCUCCCUGUCCAGCCAGCCCAUCGACCAUGAGGAUAGUGCCAUGCAGGCUGGCCCCAAGACCAAGUCCACAGAUAACUACUCUGAGGAGGAGUAUGAGAGCUUUUCCUCUGAACAAGAAGCCAGUGACGAUGCUGUACAAGGGCAGGAUCUUGACGAGGACGACUUUGAUGUGGGAAAACCCAAGAAGCAGCGGCGCUCGAUAGUAAGAACGACGUCCAUGACCAGGCAACAGAACUUCAAGCAGAAGGUGGUGGCGCUACUGCGCAGGUUCAAGGUGUCAGAGGAGGUCUUGGAUUCGGAGCAGGACCCUGCAGAACAUGUUCCCGAGGUGGAGGAGGACCUGGAUCUUCUCUAUGACACGCUGGAUGUGGAGAACCCCAGCGACAGUGGCCCUGACAUGGAUGACGAUGACAGUGUCCUUAGCACCCCCAAGCCCAAGCUCAGGCCUUACUUCGAAGGCCUGUCUCACUCCAGCUCACAGACAGAGAUAGGGAGCAUCCACAGUGCCCGGAGCCACAGGGAGCCUCCAAGCCCGGCUGAUGUACCUGAGAAGACGCGAUCCCUGGGAGGCAAGCAGCAGCUCAGCGACAGCGUCUCUGACACGGUGGCCCUUAGUGCAGCAGUCCCCCGGGAACCAUCAGGGCAACCUGAGGACAGCCCAGAGGCUGAGACCUCCACCUUAGAUGUGUUCACCGAGAAGCUGCCUCCCAGUGGAAGAAUCAUCAAGACUGAGUCACUUGUCAUCCCCUCCACCAGGUCAGAAUCAAAGCCGGCCGGCCGCCGGGGCCGGAGCACAUCCCUGAAGGAGCGACAGCCUGCUCGGCCACAGAAUGAACGGGCCAACAGCCUAGACAAUGAGCGCUGUCCAGACACGAGGAGCCAGCUUCAGGUUAGGAUUCCCAGGAAAACUGUGUAUGACCAAUUGAACCACAUCCUCAUCUCUGAUGACCAACUCCCCGAGAAUAUCAUUCUCGUCAACACCUCUGACUGGCAGGGACAGUUCCUCUCAGAUGUCCUGCAGAAGCAUACACUUCCUGUGGUCUGCACGUGCUCUGCUGCUGACGUGCAGGCUGCCUUCAGCACCAUUGUCUCUCGGAUACAGCGAUACUGCAACUGCAAUUCUCAGCCACCGACCCCUGUGAAGAUCGCAGUGGCGGGAGCGCAGCAUUACCUCAGCGCCAUCCUGCGGCUCUUCGUGGAGCAGCUGUCUCACAAGACACCUGACUGGCUCGGCUACAUGCGCUUCCUCAUCAUCCCACUGGGCUCCCACCCCGUGGCCAGGUACCUGGGCUCUGUGGACUACCGCUACAACAACUUCUUCCAGGAUCUGGCCUGGAGAGACCUGUUCAACAAGCUGGAAGCCCAGAGCAGUGUGCAGGACACACCAGACAUCGUGUCACGCAUCACCCAGUACAUCUCAGGAGCCAACUGUGCUCACCAGCUCCCCAUCGCAGAGGCCAUGCUGACCUACAAGCAGAAGAGGAAAAAGCAUUUUCACUUUGACUUUACCCUGAGCCCUGAUGAAGAAUCCUCUCAGAGGUUCAUUCCCUUUGUCGGGGUUGUGAAGGUUGGAAUCGUGGAACCAUCUUCAGCCACAUCAGGAGACUCUGACGACGCAGCCCCCUCAAGCUCCAGCAUACUCUCUUCUACCCCACCGUCUGCAUCUACAUCUCCGGCGGCCAAGGAGGCUUCGCCUACCCCACCCUCCUCCCCUUCAGUGAGUGGAGGCCUGUCCUCCCCCAGCCAGGGCGUCGGUGCUGAGCUCAUGGGGCUGCAGGUGGACUACUGGACAGCAGCGCAGCCUGCGGACAGGAAGAGAGAUGCCGAGAAGAAGGACAUGCCCACCACCAAAAACACGCUCAAGUGCACUUUCCGGUCCCUCCAGGUCAGCAGGCUGCCCAGCAGUGGUGAGGCUGCAGCCACACCCACCAUGUCCAUGACUGUCGUCACCAAGGAGAAGAACAAGAAGGUGAUGUUUUUGCCCAAGAAAACAAAGGACAAGGAAGUGGAAUCCAAAAGCCAGUGCAUCGAGGGCAUCAGCCGGCUGAUCUGCACAGCUAAGCACCAACAGAACAUGCUUCGGGGCAGGCAGAUGGUCAGGUGGCCCUCUCCCACAGUCCUCAUCGACGGCGUGGAAUGCAGCGAUGUCAAGUUCUUCCAGCUGGCUGCCCAGUGGUCUUCUCACGUGAAGCACUUCCCCAUCUGCAUCUUUGGACACUCCAAAGCCACCUUCUAGCCCCACCCACGGAAGGGCUGACACUGGACAGUGACUCUGUGCCAGCCAUUGAUGGAGGGACAGCUGUAUUUCUGUUAACACGUGGUUACUACAGAGACAGACUCUUAAAAACACAAAGAAACAGUCUUAAGUAUGAAUGUGCUCAUAGCCCAGCUAGCUCCCUGUGGGCCACUGAGUAACUUUGCUCGGCUUACUAACCAGAAUAUGUGGGCAAGUGGAAAGGCUGGUAAGAAAGGAGGUGAACUCUGGUCCCAUGAAAGCCCAGACCACAAGCAAGAAAUGUUCUUGCCUUUGUAUCCUGCCCUUUGCUGACGUCAGGAUUCUGCUUCCUCAGGGAGUAGGGAGCACGGGGAGCUUUGGAGUUUAGUGGCCAGAAGCUAAAGGUCAAGGGCAUGUUUGCUCUCCUAGCAUGAGAUGUCAGUCCCUGGCACCCCAUGCGUGGUUCCCAAUAAACUCCAGCCUCAUGGCGGAGGUUUUAUAGUAGCAGAUCUUUCUAAUGCUCUCAAAUACAUUUGACAACGUAGCUGCCAAGCAGAUGUUGCUCUUGUGAAGUCCCCUUGCUGGGGCAGAGCCAGCAGGAGCUGCAUCCCUACCCUACCCCUGUGGCUCCCAUUCCACGGGCACCUUUAGGCUUCUGCUGCUCAGAUCGGGUGGUCCUUUCAUAUGUUCCAGUGUCCGUCCUGGAAAUGGGAGACACUUCUGGGGUCUGUCUGAGCCCUUCCCUCUAUUCUGCUUGCUGGACAGGAUCAUCCAGGAUUGGCCAUGUGGGAUCUGAGCUGAGAAUUGAGGUUGUAAACUGGAAACAGGCAUCUAGAGGUUGUGUGUGUGUGCCAUGUGGGAUCUGAGCUGAGAAUUGAGGUUGUAAACUGGAAACAGGCAUCUAGAGGUUGUGUGUGUGUGUGUGUGUGUGUGUGUGUGUGUGUGUGUGUGUGUGUGUGUGUGUGUGUGUGAGAGAGAGAGAGAGAGAGAUUUGUUUGUAGCCCGUGAAGGCUCCAGCAUGCUGGUCUGACUACAAAGGCCACCUCCCUUACAGGACUAGGUCUAGCCAAGCCAAGCUCCUCAUAGCCACCUGGAUCUGGUUCUUGGUGGCAGCUCCACCAUUUUCCCAUCCAACUUGAAAGGGUUGUGCUGGUGUCCGACAGCUCAGGUCAUCCUGGCUGUACACGCUCCACCAGACUCAUGAAGGGGUCACUGCCUCAGUCCUAAUUUUCUUAAGAAUCCUUUCUCCCCGAGGUAUCUAAUUAGAAGAGUUCCUGUCACCCUGGAAGCUAGGGCUCUCUCGGGGGCUCUGGUGGUCCAUUGGGAAGCAUGGUGUCUGAAGAAUGGUGUCUCGACCUUGAGACCUUCCUAAGAGUAUGUUGAGAAAAUUGUCGAGAGCAGGACAGGCUGAGUUUGAGGACUGCUCGCCCUUCCUGGGGUGAAAGAUGGCAGGUUUUUAUUUACUUACCUCCCUUAUUGACUUGCUGAACAGGGUCUAUUUGUCCUGGAUAAUAGGUCCCCAGGUCCCUGGGUCCAGGGCUUCUUAGUGGAACUCCUGGUGAGGUAUUCUCUGAAAAGAUCUUGUGCUGAGUCAGGCCACUGUAAUCCUUGGAGCCUAAGAGCCUAGUUUACCUGCCCCUUGUGUUUUUUCCCAAAAGUCAACCUUCAUAUGAAACAUUUGACCUAGAUUUCUAGCCUUGAGGCCACAGGGGUUCAAGCUCUUGCCUGAGGGCAGCCCUUUUCCAGAACCUUCCCCUGUACAUACGUGCUCCUUCCUUGACUGGUUCCAGGGGUCUGACUUUACACACACAAGAGGAAGGUGUAGGCAGCGUCUUUGUCCCACAGCUGGCCCAGGGUGGAGUCAGGAAAGCCUAGCACCUGAGCACCAUACACCUUCCCCCCAACCCCCACCAUGGCAGUGCUAGGUGCAGACCUAGACAGCAGUCCUUCCUCCCUGUGCCUCACUCCCCCAGUGGUUAGAGAGAUGGUCCAUUUUCCUUGCCUACCUCAUGGAGCUGUAAUGAGAAGUCAUGGAGAAGCACUUUGUCCCUUUGAAGGAUGACACCAAAGCCCCCCUGACAGGCAGUGCAGUGGUACGAACCGCAGAGUGUGUUUGCAUCCGAAGCUCUGAGGCAUCACCCUCAGAGCCUGCCAGUCUUAGAGGUCCCUGUCAAGCAACACCAGUUGCCAUUGCUCAUUGCUGUCAGUUGGGGGCCCUGCCUCUACCUUCAAGUUGGUUCCUGCCACCACCCUCUGAGUACGCAGCUCAGUAUCACUGUAAAGGUACCAGUGCUGGGAGGUGGGGGUGGGGAGGCGUGGGGAGGCGGGAGGCUCAGCCCUGAAGCAAUGGCUUGCCCUAGCCUUAUCCUGCAAGCCUCACUUCUUCCUCUAGCCUCCAUCUCAAAUGAAUUCCGCAUAAAAACGUCCUGGCACUUCUCCCCAGGGCCAGGGUACUUGCUCCCUAAAUCCCUGUGCCCUUCAGAGACUGCUCUGUCCUGGAAGGGGGCCAGCAGAAGCUGACAGCCUUGCGUGAGGAUGACUCCGUUCGCUUCUGCAGACUGCCCAGCGCGCUGUGACUGAUUUCUAGAGUGUGUAUGUUGCUAGUUUUGUUUUUGUUUUUUUAAUAAAAAGCAGGAUUCAUGUAAAUAGCUUUUUUUGGGAGCAGAUACUGAUCUGUCCCAUGCGACCAUGUGGACGAUUUCAAGGUGCUGAAGCGACACUAAUAAACUGACGGCGCUCAGGCCGCCCACUGCUGUGA